AUGGCGAGUACUGCCGUAACGACGAGCCGCCGGGCGGGUGGACCGGCAGGAGGACGAAGGGAGAGCCGGCGUCUGCAGAGGUGCGGCCAUGCGGCGGCGGCAGGCAGAACAACCGCCGGCCGCCCCGCCGGCAAUCUACCCCACAAUCGAUGCGGGGUCGGGUCGGGUCGCCGGGCCGCUCGCAAGCCACCACCGAAGCCGCAGCAACGCUGGUUGAGCAGCUGGACGGCGAUGCCCCAACUGACUGAACCCGCCAACCUGCCCCCGCCCCCGUUCAACGGCACGGGCACGGGCACGGGGGCCAAGCUGGUCGAUGCGACGAUCCGGCAGACGCUCAAGCUGAGCGCGGGCGGGAGGCGGGUGCGUCUGCGGCUGAGCAACGCGUUCGGGGGGAGCGACCUGUCCGUCUCGUCGGUCGUCGUCGCGCGGCCCCUGGUACCGGGCAGGGACAACGGUACGGUAACCGUGGGCGUAUCCGCCAUCGACGGCGCGACGGCGCGGCAGCUGCGGUUCAGCGGCGAGACGGCCUUCGUCAUCCCCAAGGGCGCUCUGGCCGUUUCCGACGAGGUCGACAUCGACGUGCAGCGCGAUGGGACGCUGUCCGUCUCCAUCUACCUCGCGGCGGGUCAGGAGGGCGAGGCCAUCACCUCGCACCCGGGCUCCAGGACGACGACCUACAUCGCACCCGGCGACCAGACCGCCUCGGCCACCCUCACCCCGGACGCCGUGGCCGUGGCGCACUGGUAUUUCCUAUCGGGCGUCGAGGUCCUCGUCCCCCCACAUGGGAACGACGCACGCGACGGCGCCAUCGCCAUUCUGGGCGACAGCCUGACCGACGGCAGGGGCAGCACGGACAACGCCAACGACCGAUGGCCCGACCUCUUCUACCGCCGCCUGGGCCGCGGCGCCUACCUCAACCAAGCGGCCGGCGGCAACCGCAUCCUCGCCGACGGGCUGGGUCCCAACCUCCUCUCGCGCCUCGACCGCGACGUCCUGGCACAGACGGGCGUAUCGCGUGCCGUCGUCUUUGAGGGCGUCAACGAUAUCGGCACCGCCGACGCCACCGAGGCCGCCCAGGACGACGUGACGCGCCGCCUCACGGCUGCGUACCGCCAGAUUGUGACGCGCCUCGGCGCCCACGGCCUGCCCGUCUACGGCGCCACCAUCACGCCGUUCGGCAACAAUCCCGCCUACGCCCACCCGCUCCGCGAGCGGAGCCGGAGGCGCAUCAACCACUGGAUCCGCCACGAGGCGCCGUUUGAUGCCGUCCUCGACUUUGAUGCCGCCACGCGCGACCCACACAACGCCUCCCUCAUCCGCCCCGACCUCGACUCGGGCGACGGCCUGCACUUUAACCCAGAGGGCUACCAGGUCAUUGCCGACUCCAUCGACCUUGGAUUGUUCGUGUAG